CGCCGCAGCCAGCAGGUGUCCAUUGCCCGGCACCCCUAGCUGCCACUGCAGCAGUCACGGUGGCUCGGUCCAUGCUGUGCCCCCUAGACCGUGCUGGCGAGGCUGAGCCUGAGGCCUCUGCGUCUCGACCCGUAGGAGAGCAGGGACCAAGUCUCACCAGUGGGGAGGAUCAUGUUGCGUCGCAAGCCCUCCAACGCCGGCGAGAAGGAGCCCACCCAGAAAAAAAAGCUCUCCCUUCAGCGCUCCAGCAGCUUCAAAGAUUUUGCCAAAUCCAAACCUAGCUCCCCUGUGGUGAGCGAGAAGGAAUUUAAUCUGGAUGAUAAUAUCCCAGAAGAUGACUCAGCUGUUCCCACUGCAGAGGAUGCCGGGAAGAGUGGCAAAAAACUGGGGAAGAAGUGGAGGGCAGUGAUUUCCCGCACCAUGAAUAGAAAGAUGGGCAAGAUGAUGGUAAAGGCCCUGUCGGAGGAAAUGGCAGACACUUUGGAGGAAGGCUCAGCCUCCCCGACAUCUCCAGACUGCAGCCUGGACAGUCCCGGCCCUGACAAGAUGGCGCUGACCUUUUCUGAGCAGGAAGAGCGUGAACUUCCGGUGCUCAGCCGCCAGACAUCAACAAGCAGCGAGCUCUGUAGCCCUGGCCCAGGCUCUGGCAGCUUUGGGGAGGAAGCACCUGCCCUCCCGUAUGCAGGGCCCUUCUGUGGCCGGGCAAGAGUCCACACCGACUUCACUCCCAGCCCCUACGACCACGACUCGCUGAAACUUCAGAAAGGGGAUGUGAUCCAGAUAAUCGAAAAGCCACCCGUGGGCACAUGGCUGGGCCUGCUCAAUGGCAAGCAGGGCACGUUCAAGUUCAUCUAUGUGGACGUGCUGCCUGAGGAGGCAGUGGGACCUGCCCGUCCAAGCCGCCGACAGAGCAAGGGCAAGAGGCCCAAGCCCAAGACUCUGCAUGAGCUGCUGGAGCGCAUCGGCCUGGAGGAGCACACAUCCACCCUGCUGCUCAAUGGCUACCAGACGCUGGAGGACUUCAAAGAGUUACGGGAAACACACCUGAACGAACUCAACAUCACAGACCCACAGCACAGAGCCAAGCUGCUCACGGCCGCCGAGCUGCUGCUGGACUAUGACACUGGCAGCGAGGAGGCGGAGGAGGGCGCCGAGAGCAGCCAGGAGCUAGUGGCGCACACAGUGUCGGAGCCCAAGGUGGACAUUCCACGUGACUCAGGCUGCUUUGAGGGUUCAGAGAGUGGACGCGAUGAGGUGGACCUGGCAGGCACAGAGGAACAGCUGCACGGCCUCUCCCUGGCCGGGGCACCUUGAGGUGGUAGUGACA